CGCCAAUGCAAUGACAACAAGGUCGCCGAGCAGUUGCUUGCGCGCUGUCUCGAGCUUUCACUCACCAAAUCACCAUGCCCUUUUCCGGCAAACCGCACUCCAGCGCACGCUCAUAGCUUUCACCGGAAAGCAGCCACAAAUAUGUCGCUGGGCAUCAUCCUCAAGCAGCUCCUCACAACCUGACCUGAGCAAACCGGAGCAAACCGCGUUAGCUGAAAUCGAGGGCCUCAAGACCAGCGACCCAAUAAAUCCUUCGCGCUCCACCCUCCCACCGCCUCUCAAGCUACCAACCCGUCGAUCAGAGAAUAUCGCUCUGUACUACUUCCGCAUUGGCAGGGCAUACGGUAGCUUCUACUGGGUCGGAAUCAAGGCGGUUUGGUUCAACUACCAAGCUGCCACACAGUUACGGGAACGCAUCAGGAGACAGGCUGGCGAGAAGAAGGUUUCUAGGAGUCAAGAGUUUGCUUUGAUGACCAGAUCUGAAUUCCAGCUAUUGGCUCGGAAUAGUCAUGAUAUCGGCAAGCUGCCGUUUUUUGGUCUCUUGGUUGCUCUGUUCGGGGAAUGGCUGCCAGUCAUCGUGCCUUUCAUACCUGGCGCUGUUCCGGGAACCUGCCGCAUCCCGAAGCAGAUCGAGGGGAUGAGGAAGAAAGCUGAGGAGAGGAGAAGGAGCAGCUUUAGGCAAGGUAUCAGUGAGCCUGCUGAAGACCAAUUGAGGUUGGAAGCUGCUGCAGAUGCAAAUUCUAGCACAGAAUACCCAAUUUCGCGCAAAGAGUAUGCUGCACAGAUGCUCUCGAAACUGCGAGAUGAUCAAUUAUUCCAUCUGUCCUCGACACUGAAUCUCCACAACCGAAUAUGGGACCGAAUCCAGCUUCCACCCCCAUCGUUUCUUCUGCGUCGCGGGCUCUCGAAGCAUCUAUCCUAUCUGGGCAGCGAUGAUUUCCUCCUCGAGCGCUACGGAGGUGCCUUCAAGCUCAGCACCGAGGAGGUCGAAAUUGCUUGUGAAGAGCGUGGUUUAGAUGUGCUCGGCAGGCCCGAGCAGAAGCUGCGAGAAAAUCUUACCUGGUGGCUGGCACGCCAGAAGGAUGAUAAAGGCAAAGGCUCGGCGAUACUCGCGAUGCUUUUUAGACGGCCGAACGCAUGGGAAGGACAAACUCCAGGUCAAACCAAAAUCUCGAGAAAGUGACGCGUAUGGAGACGAUGUCACGUUUUGUAUAGAUAGAUGACUGCAAGAUAUUUUUGGCCAGAGAAUACAUCCCGUCAUUGCUUAUUG